AUGUGGUGUCUGAGGCCCAGUCGACCCGAUUGCAAGCCAUGGAGAGGGUCGGGGCGCUGGGAGCGACUUCCCCAAGCUCAGGCGCCCGCAGCCGGCCCGGUGGGAGCCCCCGCCCCGGUGGGAGCCCCCGCCCAGCAGCCGGGAUGCCCCGCCGGCGCCGCCUCCAGCGCCCCGCGCGCGGCCGCUUUAAGGGAGGGCGGGCCGGCGGGCGGGGCGGGCGCCCACGCGCGGCGCUCGGGUCCAUUCAGAAAUUACUCCCCGCGACUCCCCGCCGCCGCGGGGCGCAGGGUGGGGGCGCAGCAGCCUCGGCGCGCGGGGCGCGGGAGGCCGAGGACGGACGGCCGCCCGGCCCGGCCCGGCGCUGCGGCAGUUCGGGCCCCCGUAGCCGCCCCAGGAAGCCCGGAGCGCCGCCGCCUCCCCCCCGCCCUCUGCCCCGGACGCCCCGCCCCGGCCCGGCCCGGGUCCCCGCCCUCCGGACGGUCGGGCUCGCGCCUCCCGAGCGACGGCGGGCCGCGCAGCGGGGCCCAGCACGGCCGGACGCUCGGCAUGGCCGCGAGGGAGGAGCUGUACGGCCAGGUGGCCCCGCGCCGGAGCCGCCAGCAGCGGCCGGGCACCGUCAGGCACGGAUCCGCGCUGGACCUGCUCCUGUCCAUGGGCUUCCCGCGGGCGCGCGCACAAAAAGCUUUGGCGUCCACCGGAGGAAGAAGUGUUCAGGCCGCGUGUGACUGGCUCUUCUCCCACGUGGGCGACCCCUUCCUGGACGACCCGCUGCCCCGGGAGUACGUGCUGUACCUGCGCCCCACGGGCCCCUUGGCCCAGAAGCUCUCCGACUUCUGGCAGCAGUCGAAGCAGAUCUGCGGGAAGAACAAGGCGCACAACAUCUUCCCCCACAUCACCCUCUGCCAGUUCUUCAUGUGCGAGGACAGCAAGGCAGACGCCCUGGGGGAGGCCCUGCAGGCCACCGUCAGCCGCUGGAGGGGCAAGUUCUCGGUGCCGCUGCCCCUGGAGCUCUACACCUCCUCCAACUUCAUCGGGCUCUUCGUGGAGGAGGCCAGCGCCGACGUCCUCAAGAAGUUCGCCGCCGACUUUGCCGCGGAGGCUGCAUCCAAAACCGAAGUGCACGUGGAGCCUCAUAAGAAGCAGCUGCACGUGACCCUGGCUUACCACUUCCAGGCCAGCCACCUGCCCACCCUGGAGAAGCUGGCCCAGAGCAUCGAUGUCAAGCUGGGGUGCGACUGGCUGGCAGCCAUAUUCUCUCGGGACAUCCGCUUCGCUAACCAUGAGACCUUGCAGGUGAUCUACCCCUACACCCCCCAGAAUGACGACGAGCUGGAGCUGGUCCCGGGGGACUUCAUCUUCAUGUCUCCCGUGGAGCAGGCCAGCACCAGCGAGGGCUGGGUCUACGGCACCUCCCUGACCACCGGCGGCUCCGGGCUCCUGCCCGAGAACUACAUCACCAAGGCCGACGAGUGCAGCACCUGGGUGUUCCACAGUUCUUACUCCAUCUUAAAUGCAUCGUCUUCCAACGCGCUCCCAUUCGGUGACGGCAUAUUGGACAGGCGGUCGUACGAGGACCAGGGCCUGGGGGAGAUGGCGCCCCUCACCAUCGUCUGCCAGCCCUCACAGCCUCUGAGGGCAGGCAGCCAGCUUGGCCCCCAGAAGAGAUGCCUCUUUGUGUGUCGGCACGGCGAGAGGAUGGACGUCGUCUUUGGGAAGUACUGGCUGUCCCAGUGCUUUGAUGCCAAAGGCCGCUACAUUCGCACGAACCUGAACAUGCCUCAGAGCUUACCUCAGCGGAGCGGCGGCUUCCGGGAUUACGAGAAAGAUGCUCCAAUCACUGUGUUUGGGUGUAUGCAAGCAAGACUAGUGGGCGAAGCCUUAUUGGAAAGUAAUACCACAAUUGACCAUGUCUAUUGCUCCCCAUCCCUGCGCUGCGUUCAGACUGCACACAACAUCUUGAAAGGUUUACAACAAGAAAAUCACUUGAAGAUCCGUGUGGAGCCUGGCUUAUUUGAGUGGACAAAAUGGGUCGCUGGGAACACAUUACCUGCCUGGAUACCUCCGUCAGAGCUGGCAGCAGCCAACCUGAGUGUUGAUACAACCUACAGACCUCACAUUCCAGUCAGCAAAUUAGUGGUUUCAGAAUCCUAUGACACUUACAUCAGUAGAAGUUUCCAAGUAACAAAAGAAAUAAUAAGUGAAUGUAAAAGUAAAGGAAAUAACAUCUUGAUUGUGGCCCAUGCAUCUUCCCUCGAAGCAUGUACCUGCCAACUUCAGGGCCUGUCACCUCAGAACUCCAAGGACUUCGUACAAAUGGUCCGAAAGAUUCCGUACUUGGGGUUUUGCUCCUGUGAAGAACUGGGAGAAACUGGAAUCUGGCAGCUGAGGGACCCACCCAUCCUUCCUCUCACCCAUGGACCCACUGGGGGCUUCAACUGGAGAGAGACGUUGCUACAAGACUGAGCCACGCCCCGAGGAGGGAAACAGGCUUUGGGAAGCCUUGGGGAGACGUGUCUUGUUGUGUGUUUAGUAACAACGAAGAGGUCUGCACCACGCUAUACGUGACAGCGCAGAAUAACUUAGCCUACUCCCUUUCAUGCUUUAAAAUGCUCGUGAUGGAGACUGUGUGCAUAAGAAAAAAACUGGAUUCAGAGACAAAGCUCAUUCUCCCUGGACUCUUUUCUGGUUAGCAAGGCUUUUGGGACUUGUCUUCCUACGUCGAGGCACCUGCUUCUGCAGAGGCUGUAGCCUUCCUUCCUCCGUGGCCCGACCCCGCGGCUCCCGGAGGGAGGAGCCAGCCCGUGGAGGGGUGCCGGAGAAGGAGCAGGUGCGGCCCCAGCUGGAGGGACCGGAGCUGCCUGUGAGGUGGUGGGAUGCCCUUUCGAACUCCAUGUUCCAGUGAGGCAAAGCCACGCUGAAGGGUUCUUCUCAGGUUAUCAGAAAACGUGCCGGUAGAGAGCUGUUCUGAGGUUACACUUCAACUACUGCCGUGGAGACGACCACAAGGGCGUCCGGCUCCGACGCUGCCCAGAGGGUGGCAGGGACCCGGCUCAAGCGUCCCGAGCCCCUGGCCACGCUCUGGGCAGAGCCAUGCUCUGUGAAAGGGCAGACGAAGCACUUUUGCUCUCUGAAGCACUUGUGGACACUCAGGAGGAAAUAAGUGUGUGAAGUAGUCAAUUGUAGGAACAAAGAAUUGAAAACCACGAAGUGGCUGCAUGAUCCGUGUUGCCACCAAAGGAGCCCAGCACUUCUGAACUGCCGUGCUGCUCGUCCUCGGCCCUCGAGUCCGGACUCUGGGAACCAGUUAAGGAAGCUGACGCUCUGAAAGGAUGUGCGUUACAUACAGUGUUGGAAUGAGCAGAAAGCCCAUUCUUGUGCAAUAUGGACAUCUGCAACCGCGCCGGGGCAGGGCGGCGUCCGCUCACAUGCAGUGCACGUCAGUCAUGCCAGGCCGGCCACAGGGGCCCCAGCUACCCCAGGGAUGUGCAGACCGAGUCAGGGAACUAACUUAAGUGGUGACAAUUACGAUCGCACUGCUACUUGAGCUGUCAUUUUUGUUUGCUUUUCUAGGAUAAUUUUAAAUAUGUAGACAGAGCUAAUUAGAGGCAGUUGGGAGAACCACACCCUGUGGCUUCCCUUCAGACCUGCUUCCCGGAUUUAGAGGGAGUUUAUUAAAAAAAAAGAAAAAAGAAAAAAAGAAAGACAAUCAAGCCAAAACAUCAGUUGUCAGCGUCUGUUUGGUUGUGUGGCCAGCUGAGGGCCGCAGGCGGCAGACGGUGGCCAGGUGCGGAGCAGCUCACUGUGUGAGGAUGUGCGCCACACAAAGGGAGCAUCAGUGCAAAUCAAGUCAAUAGAUACGGUAGCAUCGAAGAAGCUUCAAAACCCACGUGCAUGAAGCCUGGUGUGUGAAACAGGUCCACGGGCCUGUUCGACACGGGAAUUUGAUGAGCCUUGAAACAAAGAGGGAAUGUGUGCUGAUCAGCUGGAGGGUUCGAGAGGGGUUUUAAAGUCACCUAAAGAAAUGUGUCGUGAAUUUUACAUUUUAAGAAGCAAACCUUGAUUUCUAGCAUUGUGCAAACAGCUUCUGAGUGUGGAAGUAACUCUAUGCUGACACCAUUGGUUAAUAUGAAUGUUUUAAUCUUCAAAUGGUGACAUACUCAUUAAAGGGCUGUUUUUUAUCCUUACUCUAGGAGAGCUGCCAUUCAUUCUUCUUUUUUUUAAAUAUGCUUUUAUUGAUUUUAGAGAGAGAAAGGGAGAGAGAGAGAGAAACAUCAAUGAGAGAGAAACAUCAACAUUGAACGGCUGCCCCGGCACGCCCCCUACUUGGGAUGGAGCCCAUGGCCCGGGCUUGUGCCCUGACCGGGAACCGAAGGGAACUGCUGGCUUCUAGGUGCCAGGGCCAACACUCAGCCUUGGAGCCACACUGGCGGCCAGUCAUUCUUUCAUCCAUAAGGGCAUGAGCCACUGCUCAGGCAGACUCAGUGUGUAUUAGCUCUGCACAUGCCCAUGGCUUCAGUGCCCAGGAGAAUGCCCGGGUCCCUCCCAUGCGGCUCCUUGGCAAUAGCAGCAUGUUCUGGGCUGUGUCUGUACUCACACAGAACCAAGUUCCGAUGGGCUCUCCUCCCCCUCCCCCUGGGGGUCUGAGUCCCAGGAUGGACUGCAAUCCAUUGCCUUUGGUCCAGUGUGCACGGAGCCUUGGGCUGUUGUCUGCAUGAGCAAAAGGAGGCAGAGACUGAAAUCAUUCAGAUUUCCCACCUGAAAUCUGAAUAAUUCAGGUGGGAAACCUUGAGUAAACAAAGAGUUCAUUCCUUGGCUUUAAUUAUCCAGAUUAUUUUUCAAAAUGGCCUGAAAAUCUGAAUUCACAUUAAAUUCUUUUUCACAUUUAUUUAAACAACCAAACUUAAACUCCAAAUGAGAAAUCCUUUGGAAAUCAUCUUGAAUGUAUGUGUAAUAAAAGAAACAUGAUGUCAUAUUCAUCCCAAAAUUCUGGGCUAAUAUUACAACCUGAAGUGCAGGCUGGUUAUUUUUGAUCCCAGCCUGAUGCUCUCUAAGAACAAAUGUUGAUUGACGGUUGGGGGCGGAGAGAAGAAAGGAAGGGAGAGGAAGUGCCCAUCAGGCCAAUGGCUCCUUGCAGAAGGCAUUGUCUCCUUUAAUGCAGAAAGUACCUGAGACAACCUGAGGGGGCGUUAACGGGAGGGUUUCAGCGAGGCUUGAGAGUCUGCAGCAUUUUGCUCUAGUGCACGCGUCCCCUCCAACACCCCAGUACCACGCAUGCGUGGCUCUUGGUUUCCCUGACUUACAGCCACGUCUCUCCUGGGGGACAGGAGUGACGGCCCGUUUUCCUGCAGUUUCCUCUCCAGCUGGUCGGUAGCCAGGGCCUUGGGCUUUACCCCAGCUCAGUACCGGGUACAGUGUUUCCAUUACAUUUGGACCCACAGAAUCUGAAUGGCUGAUUAAAUGGCCAUCUGGUGGCUGAAAGAGGACAGUAUUUUCCACCCUGUAGUGAAGGGCUUCCAGCAGUUUCUACUUUUUAUUUGAAUUAUACUUUAACCAAAGAAUUAUUUUAAAAUAACCUUAUAUUUGAAAGAUGAUUUUGCAAAAAAUAAAUAAAAAUAAUAUUUUCUAGAGUGAUGUCAGUUUGAUAAAUCACUGUUGCUAAUUUUCUUGCAUUGUAGGCUGAUGUGGUAUUUGGAAUGCAUCCUGAUUGUCCUCCAGUUGUGUUUGGCAUUACCAUCAUGGGUCUUCCUACUAGUGCAUUUGUAUUAAACAAAGCCUCUUCUUUCACUCGCCUAGUGUCCUUGUCUCUGAGGAAGCGUCCAGUGUAGUGAAAAGGGAGGCGUUCCGUGUAGCCUGGGCACCGCCACCCAGCGUUCAGUCGGAAGGCAUUACCGAUUGAUUGCUCCUCUGAACUUACUCUAAUGUGUGUGCGAGCAUGCAGACAGCCGCCUCUGACUCUCACAGGCUCCGUCACAGCUGCACUGUUCCACGAAGUGCUCAGAUGGUGAGGGACAGAGCUGUUUGCUUUUAAAUUGUAAUCCUGCCCCCGUGAGAACCCAGGGCACGAGCUGCCCGGCCAGGAGGAACCAGACUGGCCUAGGAAGCUGGGGAAGGAGCGAGUUAGCGUCUAUUUAGUUUAAUGUUCACUUUACAAAGGUGAAGGGGGGUGUUUCCUUAGGUGAUGGAAGAUGCUCUUCAUCUUUAAAGACGGGAUUACAAUGUGAUUUGCUUUUCUUUAAUACUUCAAUACAUUGAAUUUUUCCUAGGAAAGUGACUAGCUAUUAUGAAAAAUCGUGGGAAGGAAAAAAUUGCCCCUAUAAUAUACGUAGAAGAAAUAACUUGAUUUUUAAGUACGUGUAAUAUUACGCUCAGUGUAUGUAGGUUUAAAAUUGAUGAGCAGUCAAACUUAAUAUACAAUUAGUUCUUAUAAAUGUGUGACAUGGUGCCACGUACCUGCCAGCACUCCUGGAAAAAUGAAAUUUUGCAGCUGUUUAUUCUUGGGCACUGGGGAAACGUGUGCUGGCUCUCUCUCUGAUUGCCACUCGAGGUGAGAAUAGCCAUGUAUUUUGGUGAUGCCUAGACCAGCCUCAGCCUCUGCUUUCAGAGGUAUAUUGGUUUCUUCCUCGCUGAGGGCUGUGCUAUGCUGACCAGGUGCGUUCACUGGAGGAAGGAGGUCUCUGUGAGAAAGAAACCACCCCUCCCCGCAUCACUAAGUUCCUGUGAAUGCCUGUGGCACCUGCGUGCUCCUGCCUGGGCUCCGCAUGCAGCUCUGGCCGCUCCGGCCCGCGGGCCUCUCCAUCGCGUGGUCCGUAGCCGCUUUCAUAAAGGAAGCUGUCCUCGGUCAACCCAGAGCGGCCUCAUUCAGUGCUGAGUGGUCUGCGCUCCGUCGUGUGUUCCGCUGUCACUGUGGUCACUGUUGUUUUGUAAAUGUCCAUUGAGAGUGUGAGGGCCCAGGGCCACCGGCUGCUGAUGGAGACGGAGGACGCUGGGCAGCACAGAGCCCGGUCCCUUCAGGUCGGGCGUCCCGGUGAGUCAUCAGGCUGAGGAGAUGGAAACCCAUCCCCGGGUGGAAGGCCAGCACCAAAACGCUUCCUGCCCUUGUGGGAGCGUCUGGCCUCACCGCGGCCCAGCCCGGAGGUGCCUCAGGAACCGUCCACAGAGUAGAAUGUGGGUCAGAGAGAAAGGAAACGAGCCCCAGCAGGCGCCAUGCUGCCAAGAGCCACAGACCCGUGUUCCACACUCACUGACUGUUAUUGCCGAUGUUGUUACAAUUGUUCCAUUACUAGUUGUUGUUGUUCGUCUUUACAUAGACUCCGUUUUUAAAGUCAUGAUAUGUUAAGCAUAGAUUUUAAAUAAACCAUGUAGGAAAAUGUAUGCCCAGGAAAUGAUGCCCAUUUUCAUUGACACAACCAGAUCCUACCCUGGUAGGGCUAACAUCCUGAGGUGAUGUGGACAAAAGGGACCACACACCAAGCCUGACGCGUUCAGGGAGGCCUGCAUGGCUGCCUUACACACUCAGAGACCGGCAGUAACCACAAAGGAUGGUCUGAAAUGAAAACUUUUUAACUAAAAGCAGUGAUGGUGGGUAGUCAUGUCGUAGGCUGGUAUCCUCCCUGACAAAGGUCACUCUUUACCUUAACUGAGCCUCUUGUCUUUUUGCAUCUACGACAACAUACUGGAAUGUGAAAACAACAUCCCUCUUUCUGGACCCCUCAAAGCACAGGCACUGCUCUGCGGAGACCACACCUCCCCUCAUUGUUAUUGACUUCAUUGUUCACUGUUAACUAUCCUGCACCCACCUAAAGCAAAAGAGGUACCUGUCUAUCAUUUUACUUUUUAUCCAAUCCUAGAGGUUUCCCUGCUUUGAUCUCUCCCUCCUCCCUAAUCUGUCACCAAUGGAUUUCCUGUAACCCACCUACCUCUCCUUUGACUGUAAUGUAUAAAACAAGGUGAAAAACUGCCAUUCUCUGGAGCAUCAACCCAAUCUGUUGAGAUUCUGCCUCCCGACAAUUGUCGACAGUUUGGCUCAAAUAAACUCACGAAAAUUCUU